AUGCUUCAAGAAACUGGUCGCGUCGUUGAAGACGUUUGGGAUGGAGAACUGAGCUACAACCUAGUCAGUGCUAAGGAAUUGCCCGAACCUGUGUUCUAUCAUAACACAGUUGAAGGAGAAAUUCCCAUUGGCGCAGUUGUCGCGACGGAUCCAUAUGAGAUGUACUUGGAGUCGAUACCCUCUAAUGAGAACCCAAGACAUGUCUAUGUUGGUGAUUCGUCGGCUGCUCUCAGAACGAUAAACGGACGGAUUAACGCGCGUCUCGACGCGGACUGCAUCCUAGACAGUGGAUCUCAGAUUGUAUCGAUGGCUUUCUCAGAGGCCGUCGACGCACAAUUGAGCUGGGACCCAAAAGUCGUCAUCUAUAUGGAAAGUGCAAAUGGAUCUAUCUCUAAGUCACUGGGAUUAGCGAGAAAUGUACCCUUCAGGUUUGGGACCAUCCUGGUCUACCUGCAAGUGCACAUUUUGGAAAGUCCAGCUUAUAAGGUGUUGCUCGGCAGACCGUUUGAUAUCGCGACUGAAAGCAAUAUCAAGAACGCGGCCGACGGCAGCCAAAUAAUCACCAUGCGCGAUCCCAAUCUAAAGACACGUUGUGCAAUGGCUACGCAGCCACGUCGUGCAGACGACUUGCCGCGUAACACCAAAAACAACGACGGAUCUACCGGCCCUACAGUUCGUCGAAACCGACGACCAGUCCAGACGAACCGAACCCUGAACGGGAUUUUCAAAGAGCUUCGAGGAAUUGACCAGGUUGAGUCAAGGAGAAGAAGUCGCGGUGACUGUGUCGUUGGGAAAAGAUGGGAAUGUAGUGUUCGAGGAUCUAAGAAAGCCGCGUUCUAG